AUGAAUCGCAGCUCAAACGCGACAAACAACACAUUUUUGAAUGACCUCAGCGAAUUUUUUCUCUAUGACUACUGUCCUCUACUUUCACCGGAGGGACUACUCAUGAGAGCAGCAAAAAUAACAGGAUUCGCCGUUAUAAUAGCAACAUCUUUGUUUGGAAAUCUGUUAGUAAUAAUCGUCACUCGCAGAGAUCAAAGGCUGAAGAAGGUGGCCUUCACUUUUGUUGUAAACAUGGCCAUUGCAGAUCUUCUCACCACAGUCAUCAACAUGCCAGAAUCUCUUUAUGAGCAGAUAAAAGAUACAGAUGAAUGGAUUGCAGGUCACAUCGGGGUAGUGUUGUGUAAACUUUUACCCUUCUGUCAACAAGUUUGCUCGUUCUGCUCUGCUCUCAGUUUAUUAGCCAUAGCAUCCGACAGAUUUUUUGCUAUUUGCUUUCCACUGAGGAAAGUACUGACUCGAAAACUGUCUACAAUUAUAAUUGUGAGUACGUGGUUGAUACCUAGUUUUUUUAGCGCACCAAUGUUUCUGGUAAACAACGUGGUAAAGGAAAAAGGAAUUUUUUUUUGCGUUGAAGAAUGGUCAGCCCCGUUUGAUUCCUUGGAGUCUCCAAAAUAUUAUACCGUAAUUCUUUUUGUGCUCUUCUACAUUCUACCACUGGCCAUUGCAUCUGUGUUGUAUGGUUGCGUCAUUCACAAAAUUUGGAAGAGAAAAAUUGUUGGAAAUCACUCAUCCAAGACAAAACGGCUGCUUUCUAGAAGCAGACGUAAAUCAUUGAAAAUUUUUAUCACCAUUUUGGUUUGCUUCGCAUUUUGUUGGCUCCCAGAUCACGUAGCCUACUUCCUAAUUGAUGAUAACGAGGAAUUUCGUGAUUGCGGCUUGCCAAGAGACAUUUAUUAUGUUUCAUUAUUCUUUCCCCAUGCAAUAAGCGCGUUAAAUCCUUGCAUCUAUAUCAUAUUUAACCAAGACUUUCGGUCUGGCACGAAAGAUUUGCUAAUCAUGUGUCGUCGGGUACUAUUUCGAUGGAACGAACUCGUGGACUCGAGGAAUAGGUCGUCAUGCAACGACAAAAUGAGUUGGGAUGAAGAAAAACACUUAGAGGUUUACCCACUUUAUUCGUUGAAGACAAGAAGACCACCAAAGAUGAGCACUGAAUACUGCAAAUCAUACGUUUAA